UUGAAAGUGAGACCACCUGUGGACGGGAGGGGACAGCUGAGCAGCUACAGACAACAAAGUGGUCACAUUCAUCCUCCUCAUCAUCACAGCAGAAGAAGAAUGGCUGCGCCUCAGAAAGGAGAUCUGUCAGAAUCUGAGAGGAAAAUCCUACAACUUAUUGAUGCUGGUGAUGUAAAGGAAGUCGAUCGGCUGCUGGCCAGCAACGCAGUCAGAGUCAACUGCUUGGACGAGUACGGCAUGACUGCACUGAUGCAUGCAGCGUACAAGGGCAAAGAGGACAUGUGUCGUUUGCUGCUGCAGCACGGCGCCGACGUGAACUGUAACCAGCACGAGUAUGGAUACACUGCUCUCAUGUUCGCUGGCCUGUCAGGGAAAACUACCAUCACCUCUAUGAUGCUGGAAGCAGGAGCAGAGACAGACGCAGUGAAUUCCGUGGGUCGCACCGCAGCUCAGAUGGCAGCGUUUGUGGGCCAGCACGACUGCGUGACAGUGAUCAACAACUUCUUCCCUCGGUCUCGACUGGAGUUUUACACCAAGCCACAGGGGCAGGAGAAGGAGCCCCUGCUGCCGCCAGUACUGGCAGAACCACUGCACAAGAUCAUCAUGACCGCCAACCUCAACCCGGUCAAGAUAGUCAUGCUGGUGAAGGAGAACCCCGUGCUGGUGGACAUGGCCGCUCUGGAGAAGUGCUACCAGGUCAUGAACCUGCUGUGUGAGCAGUGCGUGAAGCAGCAGGACAUGAACGAGGUGCUGGCCAUGAAGAUGCACUACAUCAGCUGUGUUCUGCAGAAGUGCCUGGCGUUUCUACAGAAACGGGACGACAAGCUUGACGCACUUGUCAAGAGUCUGUUGAGAGGCAGAGAGAGCGACGGCUUCCCACAGUACCAGGAGAAGUUCAUUCGGGACUGUAUCAAGAAGUUUCCUUACUGCGAGGCCACUCUCCUUCAGCAGCUGGUGAGGAGCAUUACACCGGUAGAGAUUGGCAACAACCCAACGGCAUACUCAGUGCUGACCCAGGCCCUCACAGGUCAGAUGGCGUUUGUAGAUGCUGACUAUUGUGUCACAUGUGGUGAGAGGGGAGCGGACAAGAGGUGCUCCCUUUGUAAAGCAGUCACUUACUGCAGCCUGAACUGCCAAAAGCUUCACUGGUUCACCCACAAAAAGAUGUGCAGGUCUCUGCGAGAACAGGACGCAGACCUGGACAAGGACACUCCAAGAUUGAAAGAACUCAAAGAUGACGAAAGCGACCUGGUGAUGGAGACGGCCAACUUUCUGCAGGAGCUGGUUCUGCGGGCGGAGGAGAAGGUGGCCGCGGCUGCGGGAGGUUGUCCUGCAGAGAUGCUCGCCUGUCCCUCCACCUCCACUGAGGGUCAGUCCUUCACCCGAGACUGAGCCGAGAGGACUGCACAAGUAUCAGUGUGUGUGAACAAUUCUGAGUCUGUGAAUCUUCACAAAAAUAAUAAUAAUAUAAAGUUUAAAUCCUGGCUGAGGAGAAACCAGUGCGUCAGCAGGAAAACUAAAGCUGUUCUUGGUAACUUGCAAAAACAACAGUAUGAGUAAUAAGCCUGGUUAGUGAUACGUGGAUACAAAGAGGCUAUUAACUUUUCUGGGAAGAGACUGUGUUGUCUCUAAACUGAGGCAUCUCGACAUUCUCUUUCCUGUGUGUCAAAUUUUUGAUUUUGAGAUUGUGUUUUUUUCCCCCAUAUUCUUUUCCUUUAA